CUGCUUUAAAUACAUAAAUUUAUACAAACAUCUCAUUGUGCAAAAAAAAGUGAAUGUGCUUACUUUUAUUCUCUUUCUUUACAUCAUUUUUUUCCUGAGGAAUUGUUAGGGGAAGAUGGGGAUGAAGAAGAGUUAUUUGGCAAUGAAGACAGAUGCAGCGGUAGCAACUGAUCUGAUUGAUUCAGAUUUGAAGGAAAUUGGUUUUGCUGCUAAGAAAUUAGCUAAGCAUGCCAUUAUGCUUGGUGGCAUUGGUUUUGGCACUACUUUUCUCUCGUGGCUUGCUUCUUUUGCUGCUAUUUACUUGCUGGUCUUGGAUCGAACAAACUGGAGGAGUAACAUGCUCACAACUCUCCUAAUUCCUUACAUUUUCUUGAGUCUCCCUUCUUUGUUGUUUGAUUUAUUCAGGGGAGAUUUUGGAAAAUGGCUAUCUUUGAUCGCUGUUAUAACACGCCUUUUCUUCCAUAAACACUUUCCAGAUUGGCUAGAAGCACCAGCAGCUCUGGUCCUUCUAAUGGUGGUGGCUCCUAGUUUGUUGGCUGACACCUUCAGGGAUAGUUGGAUUGGUACGUUGGUUUGCCUAGUAAUUGGAUGUUAUCUUUUACAAGAACACAUUAGAGCAUCGGGAGGUUUCAGGAAUUCUUUCACUAAAGCCAAUGGCAUUUCAAACACUGUUGGGAUCGUUCUCCUUUUGGUAUAUCCAGUUUGGGCAUUGAUUCUACACUUCCUAUAAACAAAGUCGACAAUAUUGGCUCUUCUUUCACGACGACUUGUCAUGAUUGCAAUUUGCUUGGAAGAUUUGAGUGUGAUUGUUUUUUCUUCGGUUUAUUUGAAUUUUUAGUACAUGUUGAGUUAUUCGCUUCCAUUACCCUAUUACCUUGUUGUUGCAAUUGUUCGUUGAUUUAGUUUCAUUGUUGCUUGAGCUGAGAGUCUACUAUCUAUGGUCUGCAUACGCACUACCCUCCCCAGACCCUACUUGUGGAAUUAUAAUGGGUUUGUUGUUAUUGUUAUAAAGUCCAUAUGAGUAAUAAUGUAAUAGAUUGCUUGCUUCUUGUCUGAAUAAUGUGUUUUUGUGUCCAGAA